AUGGCGGACAAACAGCUGAAGCGAGGUCACAACUGCUACUACAACCCAUUAACACAUAUAUGGAGCGGUUUAUCUACACCGCCACUGUUCAAUGUGAAUCAGAGUGUUGGGCAGCUUAUACUCAAAACGCUGCAGCGAUGUGACCCAGAGCAGGUUACACAAAUCAGCGCUGACAUCGAUCAAGGUCGUCCAGUAACCUGUCGGGAGAUGUAUCUCCGAACGGUCCGCAUCGCGGAACACCUGUCCCAGCUCGGGUACGGCAAGCACACGCCGAUGGCAGCCCUGGCAUCCCGCAAUGGCGAACACGUAGCGCCGGUGAUGUUCGCUUGUUUCGCAUUAGGCAUCCCCGUCAAUACGCUGGAUGUAACGUUCAACGUUAGCGAUUUCGCGCAUAUGUUCAGCGUCAUGCGCCCGGUGCUCGUGUUUGUUGAGAGUAACAUCUUGAGCGUGGUUCGUGAUGCUGCUAAACGGGCCAUGAUUGAUCCCCAGUAUAUACUGUUCGAAGAACCGAUCAACGGCUAUCGUCACGUGAUGGAUCUGUUAGAGCCAACUGCUACCGAAGAUUCAUUUGAACCCACCAUGAUAGACGAUCCUUCUUCACACCUGGCAGCAGUUCUCUGCUCCUCUGGGACGACCGGAUUGCCUAAAGGUGUUAGCUACUCUCACUCGUUCUGCAUCGCAAAUCUACCGACCGUAUGGCGCAUGGCUCCGUCGGAUUGCCUACUCGCCUACAGCUCACUGUACUGGCUGUCCGGUUUUGCCUCGCUAAUAAUCGGUACGGUGGCACAGGCAACGCGCGUCAUUACCCGGGAACCGUUCACCCCACAGCAAGCCCUUGACACGAUGGAGCAACAUCGUGUGACGAUCGCCUUCUUCCCGCCCUAUCAAGCAAACCUUCUGGUACACGAGCCACAGCUCGCAAAGAAAUGCUUGCCUGCACUGCGGCUAUUACUCUGUGGGGGUGCACGCGUCUCGAAGCAGCUGUACGCUUCGUUGCGAAACUGCCUGCCAUCACAUACGCUUGUCCAAAUCGGUUACGGUAUGUCCGAGUCCUGCCUCAUCUCAAUGACGGACGGUGAGAGUUACCGGGACGAUUGUGUCGGUACGCUGCAAGCACGUGCCGAGGCACGGAUCCUGGACGACGAGACCGGCCAGCGGGGUCUUCCGCCUGGUGAGCCGGGUGAAAUUUUGCUCCGCGUACAGAUACCCUUUUCCGGGUACUAUGGAAACAAGGCUGCUACAGACGACAUCAUGAGCACGGAUGGUUGGAUACGUACCGGCGACAUUGGGCAUUUCGACACGGAUGGUCAUCUGUACGUAAUUGACCGUAAGAAGGACAUCAUUAAGUAUGCAAACUAUCAGAUAUCUCCAACAGAGCUGGAAACACUGAUCAAACAAUUACCGGGAGUGCUUGAGUGUUGCGUUGUUGGUCUACCGGACGAAGGAACCGAUCUACCCGCAGCGCUUGUUAUUCGCUCCCCAGGCGUGGUCGGGGAUGCGCUUUCGGCUGAACAGGUGCAGCAGUAUGUGGAUGACCAUGUAACCAAUUAUAAACGGCUCCGGGGAGGAGUUUACUUUACCACAGAGAUACCUCUAACGCCUUCGGGAAAAAUAGUGCGCCGGAAGUGCCUUGAAGUAGUACAAAAUAUUCGUGAGGGUAAACAAUGA